CGUCAAGAGCAGUGGCAGGCAUGUGGCGGCGCGGACUCCCGACUGCGCUUGGCCUCGGCCGGCAGGUGCUGCUGCGGACGGAGCCCCAUCGACUUCGGCGCUUCCAGCCGCUGCCGUUCGUCCGAUGGAAUGCCAAUGGCCCUGGCGUGCCGAGCAACCCGGAUGCGUCCACAGACGAAGAGGACCUCGAGCAGAAGGAAGUCGAGACGCUCAUGCAAAAGGUCCUCGCCCAGUCCAAGUACUUCAAGGAGCAUCCGGAAGCCACCGACAGCAAUGGCCUCGUCGACGUACUCACAGGCGGGCGCCUUCGCGCGCUCGAAGACGUCAACAAAGCGUAUUACCCCGGAAAGCAGUUCAAACACACGUCGCAGGACAUGGUCAUUCGCGCCAUGGUCGGCAACACCGCCAUUACCGUGCUCAAGUUCCUUGCGUACCUCAAGACAGGCUCGAGCGCGCUUCUGUCUGAGUCGAUCCACUCGCUCGUCGACACGGGCAACCAGGGCCUCCUCAUUCUUGGCCUGCGCCAAGCCUCCUUCCAGCCGGAUAAGAAGCACCAGUACGGCUACGGCCGCGCUGCGUACUUUUGGUCGCUCAUUUCAGCUCUCGGGAUCUUCUGGCUCGGCGCCGGCGCCACCGUGAGCCACGGCAUCCAAUGUCUUGUGAACCCACCAACGCCCGACGAGCUCGUCUUGACGUGGGAGGUGUGGGCAGUCCUCGCUGCGUCGUUUGGCAUCGACGGGUACGUGCUCUCGCGCGCCGUUCGGGAGCUGCGCGCGACCAAGCCCAAAGACGUCUCGCUCUACGAGCACGUCAAGACGAUCAAGGACCCCUUCAUGAUGGCUGUGCUUCUCGAAGACCUCGCUGCGUGCACGGGUGUUGUGAUUGCUCUUGGCGGCAUCGGUGCCAGCUACGUCACGGGCAACCCGUUCUGGGACAGCGCCGCAAGUAUUGGUAUUGGCUGUCUUCUUGGCGGUGUCGCCGUCUCGCUCAUCCGCAUGAACCAGCGCUUCCUUCUCGGCCAGUCCGUCGAUGCGGAGAUCGAGCAAGGCAUCAAAGCGCUUCUGCUCUCGCGGCCGUCCAUCGACAAUGUGUACGCAGUGCAGUCGCAGUGGGUCGGUCCGUCCACGUUUAGCUUCAAGGCGGAAGUCGACUUUGAUGGCACGUACAUGGCGGCGCAGCUGCUUGAAAUCUACAAGCCCGUGUUCCUCGAGGCCAAGGACCUCAAGGCAGACUUGCCGCUCCUGCUCGCGUGGUAUGCCGAAGACGUCACGCGCCUCGUCGAAAAGGAGGUGCAGGAAGUCGAGGCCGAGAUUCGGGCGCUCUACCCGGAGGCUGCGUUCAUCGAGCUCGAGCCCGAUAGCAAAGACACGGACAUGCGCGCGCUCUCAAACCUCGGCACCAAGUCGUUCCGGACUAGCGAGCGCGAAGCCAUGUCCCGGGCGCUGGCCCACCUGGCGCGGUCACUGGAGCGGAGUCAGUAGUCGACCCGAUCAUGUAGUAAAAAAGAACGAGGCAACUUGCUU